GCCAUCUCUUCUUCCUCUCCGCGUUGGUCCUUCUCAACCAUCCAUCCACGCUGCUGCUGUUUCUUCUCCACCAUCUCACCCCCCCCUGCUGUUGCUGCUGCUGCACCUACGUCGGCUGCUCUUCUUCCAUCUACCCGUUGAAAGCCUGCUGCUGCUUCGUUGCUUCACCUGCCUGCACUCUCAGGUGGAUCUAAAGCAGGCUGCAUGGAAGCUGUUUCAGUUAAUCACUCCAAGCUCGCCCUUUCAAGUUAAUCACUCUUCCAGCUCAGGUGCAGUGCAGUCAUAAAUAGAGAAGCCAAGAUAGAUCCUUGUCCAGCCAGAUAUGGCUGGAAUAGUUGUGAGCGCUUCAAUUGGGGUGAUGAACCCUCUCCUUCGUAAGCUGGCCACCCUGAUGGGGGAGGAGUUCGCCAAGCUAAAGAACCUGAGGAAGGAGGUUAAGUACAUCAGCGAUGAGCUUAGCAGCAUGAAGGAUGCUCUAGAGAGACUUGAGGAUGUGGAUGAGCUGGAUGUACAGACCGCAAGAUGGAGGGAUGCAGUCAGGGAGAUGUCAUAUGACAUCGAGGAUAUUAUCGAUGACUUCAUGUGCAAAAUUGGGGAGAAGAACAAAAAAUCUGGGUUUGUCCACGACACCAUUCAACGCCUCAGAACAUCAAGGGCACGUCAUCAGAUUGCUGGCCAGAUUGAGGACAUCAAGAAACUCGUGCGUGAAACAAGUGCACGUCGUGAGAGGUAUAAGGUCGAUGUCCCCACAUCACACAAUGUGGCUGUUGACCAACGGGUUGUCGCACUCUAUGAGGACGCAGCUAAACUUGUUGGUCUGGAGGGCCCAACCAACAAGGUUGUCAGUUGGCUAAAAGAUGAGAAGAAGCAGUUGAAGGUUGUAUCAAUUGUUGGUUUUGGAGGUUUAGGUAAAACAACACUCGCAAAUGAGGUUUACCAUAAGCUGAAGGCGGAAUUUCAGUGUGGUGCAUUUGUAUCAGUGUCUCAAAAGCCAAAUGUUCCAAAACUUCUGCAUAGUUUAUUAACCCAACUUGGGUGUGGACAAUCUUUUCAUGGUUGUCAUUUAAAUGUUCUUCUCGACCAAGUCAGAGAAAAUCUAAAAAACAAGAGGUAUUUCAUCAUCAUUGAUGAUCUAUGGGAUGUAUCAGCAUGGAGUAUUAUUAAAUGUGCUUUCCUAGAAAAUAAUCUUGGUAGUAGAUUAAUAGUAACUACAAGAAUCAAGAAUGUGGCAGAGGCAUGUUGUUUCGGUCAUCACGAGCGCAUUCUAGAAAUGAAACCUCUUAGUGAAAAGGACUCAAGGAAAUUGUUUUUUGAUAGGACAUUUUGCUCUGAAGAAGCUUGCCUAGGACAACUCAGAGAUAUUUCAGUGGAGAUUCUCAAGAAAUGUGGUGGUUUGCCACUUGCAAUCAUUAGCAUAUCCAGCCUGUUAUCAAGUGAAUGUUCCGACCAAAAGGAGAGGUGGAAACGUGUACGAGAUUAUUUGCGGGUAGUGUCAGACACAAAUCUCACCUUGGAAGCAAUGAGACAGAUCUUGAACCUUAGCUAUAAAAAUCUUCCUCGUUACCUCAAGACAUGUUUCUUGUAUCUUGGUAUGUUUCCAGAGGACUAUGAAAUACGGAGGUUUGACUUGGUAAGACUAUGGAUUUCAGAAGGUUUCAUUAGUAAAGAACGUGGACAAAGCCUAGAACAGACGGGAAUAAGUUAUUUCAAUGAGCUUGUCAACAGGAGCCUUAUUCAACCUGUAUGGAUUGAAAGGGAUGGGUCAGUGAUAACUUGCAAAGUACAUGAUAUGUUGUUGGAUCUUAUCUUGUACAAGUCUGCAGAAGAGAACUUUAUCACUGUAGUAGAUAACUUAGAGUCCAUUACAAGACAGCUUCAAAAGCCCCGUCGGAUGCUCUUCAACUUGGAUGGUGCAACACUGCCACGGGAUGUUAGUAUGUCACAAGUGCGAUCAUUUGCAAAUUGGAGAGGCUCCAUGAAUAUACCUUCUCUGGCAGAGUUCAAGUAUCUUCGAGUUUUUAAAGCUGACUUCAGUUCUAGCUUUGCUGAUGACAACUGCAAAAUCGACCUGACAGGAUUGUGUAAGUUGUAUCAGCUGCGACAUAUACAGAUUCGUGGCUGUUGGAACUGCCAGCUACCAACCCAAAUUAGAGGGUUACAGAUGUUGGAAACAUUCCAUAUAGAUGGGUCCUGUGUCCCAAUGGAUAUUUUUCUCCUGCCGUGUUUGUUGUCUCUGCGUGUUUCAAUUGAUAUAAGGCUGCCUGAGGGCAUUGGUGAAAUGAAAUCCCUACAACAUCUGUGUCCGUUUGACACGAUGCACACCUCACUCGACAAUAUCAAGGGCCUAGGGAAGCUCACCAAUCUGAGUUUUCUAGUUCUCAAAACCGGUUUAUCUGAAGAAGUGGACAUGGAUGCUCUAAACUCUUCUUUGGCAAAACUUUGUAACCUCGAGUUGCUGCGCAUAUCUUCAGAAGAUUCUUGGAUACCUGACGCACUAACCUUGUCACCUCCUCCCUCCAACCUUGUGACACUCCUCAUGGAGAAAAGGUCCCACGUCCCUAACUGGAUUGGAGAAUUACAUAACCUCCAGACCUUGGAACUCACUGUAGAGAAGCUGGACAAGGAUGGUGUUGGUAUUCUUGCAGAGUUACCAGCCCUCAUCAACCUGGAAUUAAUGUUUGAUAGAGCCCUGGAUGGAACAAUUGCCAUCGAUGGGACGGCAUUCGCACACCUAAAGCGGUUUCGGAUUUGCUGCAACAACAUGCCACACUUGACCUUCCAAGCUGGGGCAAUGCCUAAGCUGCAGACCCUCUCUGUGUGGUUGAGAGCCAAUGGGUGGAAUCAGGACGAGAACGCCGCACCUACAGGUAUGGAACACUUGUCAGCACUCGAAAGAAUCUCUGUGAGGAUCGGGAGUGAUACUGAAUCUGAAAAGAGAAGCGCAGAGUCUGCCAUUAGGAGCGCUAUCAACAUGCAUCCCUACCAUGCUCACAUUAGAAUAAAAAUAUGGUGACUGGCGUAUGAUAAUCCUUGCUGUCAGCCACAACCAACAGCUGGUAUGUCCGAAUUUCCACCUCCAACUCAAUUCUCGCAUUAGAUGAUGGAAUAUCAAGCGAUCACUUUAGGUGAUUCUGUAAAUAUCCGAAAUAUCGAGCUAUCAAUUUGCUUUGUGCAGCUACUUCUGUCAUCGAACCGUUUCUCCUUCGUCUGCAAGAUGAUGCAUGAUCACGUACGCUUUGCUUGGGUUUCUCCUGUAUAUUGUAAUAAGGCUUGAUGGUGGGCAGGAGUUGGCACUUGUUUGUCGCUCCAUGCUUGACUAGCCCGUGAUUCUGUAUACUACUAGUUACUGUUGUGUGUGUGUAUCUUGUGCCUCUUAAAUACAUGAAACUGAAUGUUUCUUAUUUGUAUUCAGCUGAAUAUUUAUUCCUUUGUAGUACCGUUUGCAUUUCUGGAAGGGACAAUUGAGCUGUUGUA